AUGACAGAUACCCUUCCAGGCGUCGGCUUUGGAUGCGUGUACAACUGCCCCGUGCCUAUCAACGAUUACUUCUCCGAAACGAGGGAGCUUCAGCGCUGGGAAGCAUACGAACGCAUCAGACAGAAUAUCCAAGCCUCUCUUGACUGCACGGUCGGCACUAUGCCGGUGCAUGUCUUUCUAGACAACUUCGUGCCCGUUGUCCCCCCCGAUAGGAAGAAGGAGAUUCUCUCCAGCAGAGGUGCCUUUAGGUCGUUACCUUCGAGUGGCUCUACGUCAUCGGACGUAUACCAAGCUUUAAUCACCGCCCUCAACAAGUCUACAAAGCACAAAAGUCGCGCUCCCGGACUCGUCUUCGAGAACACCUCUAUGCGCUCAGAGAAUCCUCAUCAGGCAGGGUAUAUGAAGCCACACAUCUGCUGCUUCACUGCGGAAAACCUAGAGCACGUACGGCGGCUACCAUUAUCCUCCCGCGAAGAUAUGGGCUACGCAGAGUUCUUCAUCGAGGUCAGACCACACACCGAUCUCGAGCACUUUGUCGACCCUCCCUCGGAUUCCAAGCGUAAGGAGUGGGCCGCCCACGACAUUGCAGUGGCAUUCGAGGAUAACAGGGUGCAAUUCCGUGUCGAGAGGGCGUUCGGGCAGCACAUCGCAUACGCCUUGGAAAUCCAAGCUCGUCAACAUCGUCUAUGGGUCCUCUCCAUUGCGCUAUGCGGUUCCCGCGCACGCUUUUUCCGCUGGGAUCGUUCUGGCUUUAUCGUCAGCCGUUCGUUCGACGUCCGCGAGGAGCCAGAGAUCCUCUGCGAGUUCAUAGCUCGUUUUGCGUGCGCGUCUGACAAGGAACGCGGACACGACCAAUCGGUCGAGAUGGCCACCGCUGAAGAGGAGGCGACGUUCCAGGAUGUUGUCUCCCGCUACGUCGAGGACCAGUUGGGCGUCACAGGCGACGAUCUCGCCGACGCCGUCAAAGAGCACUACCAGGAGGGACGUGUAAUGGCCAUGCAGGUGUUCGUGAACACCUCAGGUGGCUCUAGCACGGAUGUGGUCGUCGAACGCUAUCUCGUCUCCAGACCAGUCACAUCUCCAUCCACGCUGGGAUCCCGCGCCACCCGCGGGUAUUGGGCUGUGCAGGCGAGCACUAAGCGGUUGGUCUUCCUCAAGGACACCUGGCGCCUUGAUUUGGAAUCUGAAGGCGACGCCAUCGCCACUCUACACGGAGCGGGCGUGCGCAAUGUGCCGCUGCUCGUGGCGCACGGGGACGUGUACCACAGGCUUCCAACGCCGGGCGAAGCACGUUCACGCCUGCUCAUUCAGUCUACCCAGACUGAAAUGUUUGACAUCACGUCUUGGGCGAGUCGAGUGGCCGAUAGGAAGAUCUCCACAUCCAACUAUAUUCACUAUCGCCUCGUCCUCGGAACCGUGGGCUACGGGUUGAAGAGCUUCAGGGGCACGGACGAGCUUCUGCAUGCAACAUACGAUGUUUUCCACGCCAUGAGGGAUGCUCUUGACAAGGACUCACGUCUCCACCGAGACCUGUCCGUCGGUAAUGUCAUCCUGGUCAAGGAAGCCGGAAGUGCGACUCGCAAGGGCUACCUGAUCGACUGGGAGGCGUCUUCGCGCAUCAAUAGCGAAGGCCACUCACUGGACAAGAGUAGAAUGGGCACGUGGAGAUUCAUGUCCAGCGACGUCCAAGCAAAACCCGCCCACCCACACGCCUUCCCGGAUGACAUGGAGUCUCUCCUCUACGUCGUCUUCUACUGCGGCCUCAUCCAUCUUGGGCACAACCUCUCACCGGGCACGUUGCGCAUGAUCGUGCACGAAUUUUUCGACCGCUCCUUCUUCUUGGACGGCUACCUCUGCGGCGGCAUAAAUAAAGGCGUAAACCGCGUCAAUCGCAGAAUGAGCAGUCGCAUCAAGUGGACCAACCCCGACUUUCAGGCGUGGCUAGAUGCGGUCAUGGACCUGCACGGCCCCCAAGGCCCCGAAAACCGUGAAAAGUUUGAGCACCUAUGGGCGGCUCCCGAAAACUUGGACAAUUUGUGGGGAGAGUUUCUCGCUGAGCAUACGCUAGCUCGCGACGACAGAGUUGAUAACAAGCUCUCCACUCCCGAGCCGCCGUCGAACGAAGCUCCUGGCUCCGACCGCCCGUUUGUUCCUCUCAGGCCUCGUUCCCCAUCGACAACUUCUUUCUGCGAAGACCACGAGCCUAUUGCGGCGCCGGUUCCACUAGGCAAGCGGAAGCGCCAACAACCCCUGGAGACGAACGACCUUCGCGUUCGCCGAAGCGACAGGUUGCGAAGUCGUACAAACUCUGCUGCCCUAGUCGCACAGGCUCGUCACGAUGCGCUACGUGUCAUACCGCCGACGCGGGGUGAUAACAAGACUUCUAAGCCAACCAGACGACCUCGGACACGCUGAUUGGCUUAUCCUCACGAGCCUGUCCUCGGUUACAUUCAUGCCCCCACGGCCUCCCC